AUGAUGGACCGUGAAUAUGUUUAUGAACAAAUGCGCCAUAUCGGUUUGCUAGAAACUGUAAGGAUUCGAAGAUCAGGAUAUCCAAUUCAGUACGAUUACGACUUGUUUGUAGAACGUUUUCGUUUGCUUGCUGAUGGAAUUGGUCAACAAUACGAGAAUAUGCUGACCCUGAAAGUGACAUUGAUCCAGAAAACAGUACGUGGAUGGAUCAAUCGAAUACAAUUUGAAAAAAUGAAAACUGCUGCUGUUACUGUACAAAGGUAUUGGAGAGGGUAUAUACAACGCCAACGUUAUAGAAAGGUAUUGCUUUUCAAUUUGACAAGUAAGCUUUUUAAUUUUACACAAAUUGGGUUUGCGCGAUUGCAGGCAAUUCUUCGUUCCCGACAAAUUGUAUUACAUUAUAAACUAUUUCGUGCAAUUGUUACACAAUUUCAGGCUCAUUGCCGUGGGGCAUUGGUGCGAAAUGCGGUUCGACAUAAAAUUGAACGUGGAGAGCGUUGUCCUGCAAUGAUGGUACCAGAAAAUGAUGUAAUAUUUAAUCGUGGUGCAAGUCCAACAUCUAUUACCAAUGUUAUUGAUGGAUGUGAAAUUGGCGUGGUAGAACGUUUAUUUGGCCAUUUACCAUCAGGUAUCACGCCACAUCCUGACCUCAUACAAAAUUGUUACUCGAAAAAACAACACAAAACAGAGCACAAUUGCUUCGGAACCUUCUACGAGGAUGGUAGAAAGCUAACCGCGGUGGAAGAUAAUGAUCUAAAAGCUUUUCAGUUCGGAAAAUUUGCCGCGGCAUAUUUUCCGAUGCAAAUUGAUUCCAAUUUCACACGGAAACCGUUGCGAGUUGCAUUAUUGAACCAUGAAUCCGAUUUAGAUAAAAAAGCAAGCAUCGUUAGCGAUUUGGUCAGUAAUUCAGCGGUUUAUGGGAGAUGUACCAGAACCACCAAAAGUUUCUCCCGACGUUUCAGAUGUAGAAAAGAAGGCAAGAUUAUGCAAAUGUCGAAACUAGGUCCAAAACAAAGUCUUGCUCGUAAAUUUGAAGUUCAAAAUAAAAUUAGAACUGAAGAAAAUUUUUUAUAUAGAAAUUUUUUCAAGCUGAUAAAUUCGAAGAAUCAAUCAACGGCAAUGCAAUUGUCAUUAGUUCCUUAUAAUCCUAAACAAAAUGAAACUUCAUCCGCGGAUGAUAUCACGUAUGAUACACGGAAUACACAGGAGGAAAAUUUUUUUGAAUCUGAAGGAUAUGAGCAACAAUACAAGAUAAUGCUGGAAAAAGAUUUAGAGUCUAAUCUAGAAAAGUUACAUUUCAUCGUUGGACAUGGCAUCUUACGACCAGAUCUCAGGCAAAGAAAUCCGUCCAGAAGUUCGUGUGCACGUGGGUGGAUAUUAUUGUCAUUAUGCACUGGCUGUUUUGCACCAACAAAUCGUUUCUUACCAUAUCUACAAUGCUUCAUACGUGAAAAUUGUCUCCGAGGUGCAACACAUUUUGCAGUGUUCAUAGAAGACAAAUUGAAACGUACGCUAGCAAACGGAACACGUGAUUAUCCUCCUAAUCAAAUAGAGAUACAAAUAAAAGAUUUAGCGAUGCUAGCAGCUCAGCAAUAUUACAUUGAUCAUGGUGAUACCGGAAUGGAUAUUGAAAAACUUGAAAACAGCCUGAUGAUAUAUCUUCCAGAAGACGAAAUUCAGAAGUUUGAUGAAAAUAGCAAUGAGCGAUGGCUUCAACUAAUACUUCAUGCACUUAGAAAGAAAUUUUACACAAACCAUCCGUCACCGGAACAAGUGAAAGAAGAUGUAGUCAAUUUCGCCAAACAAAAAUGGCCUUUACUUUUUUCAAAAUAUUUUGAAUCAUUUAGCUCUUCUAACCCAUCUUUACCCGAUGGUCAAGUGCUACUCGCUGUGAAUUGGCAAGGUGUAUCUGUGAUCGAUGGUGAAGAUGACGUUAUUCUAUUACUUCCGUUUAUAAAAAUAUCACGUAUUAUCCUAUUUUCUAAUAAUGCAAAUGGCGUUCAAGCAUUAACAAUUGAAACAAUUGACGGGGAAGAGUAUUACUUGCAGUCAGCAAAAGCAAAAGAUAUUCAAAAUAUUGUCGAAUACUUUCUGGAUGGCUUGAAGAAAAGAUCGAAAUAUCUGAUGGCUCUACAAGAUUAUCCCUCUGAUAACAGUGGUAAUAUCUAUUUGUUUUUUGACACUUCAAUUUCUCACAAUAACGAUGAAUCGAAUGUUUGCUUAAAAAUCAAAAAAUGGGAUUUGUUAUUUUUGACCGAUGAAUAUUGUGGUGCAUCUUUUGACAAAUAUCAAUUUCUUAGAGGUGAAAAUACAAGAACCGGUGUGCAAGGAAUGAUACCAGUUAAUAUAGUUCAUAUUUUACCAACAAUAAGUAAACCAUCCGUAGAAACUUUGGAUCUGUUUGCCCGAUCUCAAGAAUUUGAGUGUCCUAUGAAUCGGCAGAUAUCGUUAUUAGCAAAUCCCUUGAUAAUCAAUCCUGAGCAUACCUUAGAACGUUUUGCUUCUAAUAAUUUCAGAGAACCAACACGUCCACCGCAAGGAUUAGGUGAAAGUUUCCAUGAGCAAUUUUUCAAAAAUAAUUUGUGGUCAUAUAAUCGUGAACCUUUAAAAAUGCCAUUAUUAAAGGUAUGCUUUGGCUUUAUUUUUAUUUGCAAAAACAAAAUUACUCAUUUUUCUAAAACACAUAAUUAUUUACUUACUGUCUAAAA